CGAACUGCAUAUGUCUUGACAAUAACAAAGUUAAACAAAAAAGAUUGCUUAGGCCAAAAGGCUUGUCUCUCUGUUGGGGCAGCCGGUGUUCUAGGCCCUCGGCAACGAGAACAAAGUCAUACAAAUUGUACGUACAUUUAGCGAAGUGUGGAAAUUGUUGUAGAAACUUGUCGACGGGUGAAGGCUUCAUCCCUUCAGCGAUGUCGUCAAGUAGGGAUAAAUCAAACACGACCGAAACUCCCGCGAAGUCCGCUGCUAGCACACCUGCCGGGAGCAAAUCAAAGCCGAACAGUAAGAGCCAUGUUCGGUGGGACGAGGAAAAUAUCAAAGCAACCUAUCAUCCGCCCGAUAAGGAUUACGGGUUCAUGACAAUCGACGAGCCCAAAACGCCGUACGAACCCACCAAGCAUGAUAAGGAUUGGGGUGUCAACAUGGAUGAGUUGCAAGAGAAACUGGAAAAGAUGCAGCGAAACUCCAAGGGGGGCGAGAAAGGAAGAAAAGAGACGUUUGAAGAAAUGAGGCGGAAGCAUUACGCUGGCAUGGGCAAGCUUGCCAUGGAGAAACACGACCCGUUCGUAGAGGAAUACCUCAAACGAGCGGAGAAAGUCAUGAAAGAGAGAAAGACCGACGCCAAGGGCGCGGCAAAAGAGAGCAAGCCACCGAAAAAGGAAUAAAACGACCAGCGACAUCUGUGAUAGGUAUCAAUAGGGACCAAACUGGGGCUGACAGCACAAUAAAAAAUUGAUUUUAUACUCGAAGUCUAUGAGUCUGUAAACAAAAACCAGCUGAAACAGACGAGCUCGGACUAUGUCGCAUUGAUGACUCUUUGUCUGUACACCUCAUCAUUGCCUUUCUGUCCAUGAAUCAUGCCUGAGGUUACCAUGCAUGCCAUAUAAUUAUGAGAAAUAUCGAUUGGGGCCUGUAAAUUGAAAUGUGAACACGCGUGUUUCGUUUACACUGUAUCUCUUUUUGAAAACGUUGUAUAUUUGCUUAUUAUGAAAAAUCUGAAAGACAAAUACGUGAUCUUUCAUACGCAUAUAGAAGCCUACUUCAUACUUUAGAGCGGAAUCAUAGAAAUCUUUAUUUCUAACUAUUAACGUACCCCGAGUUUUAUUGGUUAUUCCAGCUCGUCAUAAUCGAAUUAAUGGCCGCGUUCUUUCUGAAAACGUUCUUAUAAUGGUUCUUACAACCAUGUGUCGUGUAUUUGCGUACUCCGUAUGAAUCAGUCUAUCAUAAUCCUCAAAACGGUUAAUGCAAUAAUCUCUCCAGAUAUAUUUUGCUUCCUAUUUCUGUACUUAAUAAUUGUCAAGAUAUGAAUUGAUUGAGAGUAUAUAUAUAUUUGUGCUAUCGACAAAUCAGCAGAUUUGCUGGUGUUUGUGUGCAGCAUUAUAGCCAUAUGACUGUUUUGGAACGCGUAGAA